AUCAACCUGAGGCUGAAGGUGUGAGUGGAUGUGAGGAAGAGGAGGAAGAGGAGGAAGAGGAGGAAGAGGAGCAUCAUGUCGGGGCUGCAGCUGAUGAAGAGUCACAGACUGAGAGCUGCUGCUCAGCAGAUAGUGAACGUACUGCAGAGGAGGAUGAUGAAGAUGAUGAAGAUGAUGAACACUGAAUGGUCAGCCGAGCACCAGAGGGCCGUCGUGCAGAAGCGAUUGUCGGUUGUCGCCGACGACAUCGUCAGGAUCCUGGAGGAAAUGAUGAGUGAAUAUGAGGCGGAUGUUUCCCGUUCCCAUGACGACGGCGAGCAGCAGCGGCGUCUGCUGGACGUCACGUUGAAAACAGAGACGGACUCGGAUCGACUCCCUGGGUCGGACGUUUCCUCUGAGCAGCAGAGACCUGAGCAGGAAACAUCCGGUUUAGGGCGGUUUAAAGACGCGUCCACGGAGACGGACUCUGAGGUCUCACAUCUUCACCCAACACCAACGCUGGAGAAGGGCACCUCCACGCUGAUGGAAGCAGAGACUCGCAGGGAGCAGUGUGUGCUGCCACCUAGUGACCGGGAGGUCCUGUCGUCGAAAGACUCAGAAGCUGGGAGUGAAAACAACGACAGCAAGAAAGAGCUGAAUGAGAAAACUCUGAAAUCAGACACGAGAAGAACUUUUCCGAGCCUGAGACAAAGCCAUGGGGCCAUGGGGCCAAUAAAAACGCACACAAGGAAAAACACGACAACAGACAGCAGUCAGACUACAGGACAGAGCUGCUGCAGAGUGUGUGGAAAGUUCUUCCGCUACAAACGCUCUUUUCUGAAACACGUUCUCCUGCACGAGCACAGCGCCGACCUGUGUGGAGUCUGUGGGAAACGCCUGGAGGCCGACACCAGCCUCAGGCUUCAUUUACAAACCCACAGGGAGGAGAACAUCUGCAGAGUCCAAGCAAGCGACAAACUGUCGGAGGCAGAAGCCGAGAGCAACGUGGGCGACAGCGACGAGGAGUGGAAGGAAAGCGAAGGAAGUGACAGCGAGGACGCGGACAGCGAUAGAGAUGAGACCAAAAAACAAAGGACGCCAACAAAAAGUCACGCGUCAAACAAACCCAAAAAGCCGAGGUACCAGGAUUUACCUCACGUGAAGCACUGCUGCAAAGUGUGCGGCAGGUCCUUCUGCUACCGAGCCUCUUUCCUGAAGCACGUGCAGGAAGACGAGAUGGACACGGAGCUUUGCGGCGUCUGCGGGAAGCGGUUUCCCACGGAGGAGAACCUGAGGCUUCACCUGCAGACCUACAUCAGAUCCAACGACUGUGAGGUCUGCGGCAAACACUUCGACGGCCACCAGCAGCUGGAGAUGCACAUGAGAACGCACACGGGCGAGAAGCCGUACAUCUGCAGCGUGUGCGGCAAAGCCUUCGCUCAGAACGGGAACCUGAUGGGUCACAUGAGGCGGCACACGGGCGAGAGGCCGUACGUCUGCAGCGUCUGCGCUCAGGGCUUCAGCUCCAAAGAGAGCAUGAGGGAUCACGUGCGAAUCCACACCGGGGAGAAACCCUUUCUGUGCAGCAUCUGCGGGAAAGGAUUCCGACAGAGAGGGACCCUGAAGACGCACACGAUGGUCCACACGGGCGACUUCCCGCACCGAUGCAUCAUCUGCGACAAGAAGUUCUUCAAGAGCGGCGGGCUGAAGAUCCACAUGAGGUCUCACACGGGGGAGAAGCCGUUCCUCUGCAACAUCUGUGGGAAGAGCUUCACUGCAAACAGCUCGCUCAGCAAACACAUGGGCGUGCACGAGAGAGAGCGAGCGCACGGCUGCAGAGUGAGAGACAGACGGACCUCCAGGGACGAGGAUCUGAAGAGACAAGUCCAGACUCACGGGGACGAAGCUGCCCAGGUGACCAGUCUUUAACGCUGAGUCACAGACGGACGGGAAACCAGAAAACUGACUGACAUCGGCAUGGAAGGAUAAAAAUAUCAUUGGUUUUAAGAUUCUGUUUCCCAUCUUUCUACCUUCUUAUAAAUGUCCGUACAAUGUCACAGUUUAAAUUUGAGUUAUAAUCAUGGAACAGCUUUUAUCAUAUUUGUAUUUGACAUACAA